CCAAUCACAUCAACACCAGAAAAAGCGCCUGAAAACAGUUUCUUUCUAGCGAAGCCUACAAAAGGGCAGCGACUGCUCAACGCCUUUCGUUUUAUUUUGAUUUGAAAACACGCCAAAUUUAUAGCAGAGCAAUGGCCAAUCACCAAAAUCAUGACCCUUCAACAAUUAACACACUUCAAAAAGAUGAGGAAGAGAAGGAGUUUGAUCCGGGACCUGACGAACCUGAGACCCCAUUGCCCCUCACCGUCACUUCUCGGGUUUAUUCACUUCUUUUCUAUGUGUUAUAUAUGUUAGGGGACAUUGCUGUGGGUCCGGCGUACCGGUUCACACAAUGGUUGGAACUGGUUCGCAAACGCAGUGGGAGACAUCGGACCUCAGGCUUUCCUUUCCGGCCUCACAGAGUCGAUGCCAUGCCCUUGAGUGCAGGAGAAACAGUUUCUGAUUCAAAAAGUUCUCCACCUUCUGACCAAGCUACAGAAAUAUGUUUGUGGGAUAGACUUGGUAAAGCUGCAGUGUUGGACAUCGAGUCGAGCUCCUUUUCAUGGGACAGGCUUUCUUCACUUCACCGCAAUGAAUAUAGCAGUAGCAUGGAGCAGUCUGAAGAUGAAAUGAAUAGAGCCUUAGAGGUCACCGUGAAUUCUGGAGGAGUUGUCUUUUUUGCGCUGUUCAACAAAUCUGAUGAAUCUUUAUCGAAGGAAGCAGCAGCAGUUAUAAAAAUAUCAUCUUCAAGAAUGGCCACACAGUCGGAACGGCUUGGCUAUGAAUUUGCAAAGUGGCUAGGAGUAUUAACUCCGCAAGCCAGAGUCGUUCACAAUUCUAGUGCAGAGUGGUUGCAGAUCAAGGAUGCUGCAGAAAAAGCAAGAGAUGCAGCAAUUUCAGAAGGCGAUGAAAUUGGCGAAAUGACAUGUUCAGAACUUUUGGAAGCUCUUGAGUUGAGCCGUUGUGUUUUAUUGAUGAAUUACAUACAUGGAUCUCCUCUAUUGGAAUGCUCAAAUGCAUUUGAUUCACGAGAAGCUGCAGAUAAGACAGCAUCAGCUCUUGGCAGGAUCCUGAUGUUGGACCUUGUCAUCAGAAAUGAAGACAGGCUUCCUUGUUGUCAGCUCGGGUGGCGUGGAAAUUCUGCAAAUUUAUUGUUGUCUGAAAAAAUGGCCUCCACGAAUGUGGAUGCACUGGAAGAAGCCUUUGAUUCUGCCAUCAAGCGAUAUAGACCAAGAGUGAUUCGGGCUCUUGGAAAAGAAAGAAGGGCAUCAUCAGCAGAUAUCAAAAUGAACCACUCUCAUAAUGCAGGAUUAGUUUCUCAGAGCUCUGAUCUUUCUGAUGUCAUAGAAUCACCAAAAUCGAGCAAUAUAAGCCUAAAAAGUCAAGAAGCUUCAUUUGAAUCAAAAAUUUCUGAUUUUCAGAUUCUGGCUAUCGACUCUGGUGUUCCUCGCCGACCUCCUGCCAGAAAACGUUCAAGUGACCAAGCUAAUUAUCCUAAAGUGGUUGAGCUCCUCAUCAACAGUUUUGAGUACUCUUCAAAUUUGUUACACGAGAUAACUGGAGGGAAAUUAGGACUUCCACCAGAAAAUGCUGAUACAAUGAGUGAUUUGUGUUUGACUGACAUGACAUCAGUUGUUCGUGAAUUCCGAAGUGGGUUCCGGGCAGCUCUGAGGGAGUUGCAGGGAUUUCAUAUAUUCCUACUCACACUUCACCAAAAAUUGGAUAGCACAUUACGAGUGUUUCUGAAUAUUAUAAACAGAACUUCAUCAGGGGAUUUUGACAAAGAGGAUCUUGUGGUUCCAGAGUCACCAUCACCAAGUAAGGAUCAGGCUAUUCAUGAUAGUCGUCCGGAUCUAGAUGAUCCAGAGAUGCAGAGGGCAGCUCCUAGUUCAUUGUCUUCAGGAUGCAAAGAAAACUCGGAUUCUAUUUCUCCCAUCUCACGAGAUGGUUGGCAUGGAAAAUUUAAUAAAGGGAGCGGGGAACCCCUUCAUAGUCUGCGUUUGACAUCAAAGUUUCGUGAUUUCCACAAAUUUGCAAAGGUUGAUGUGGAGCUAAACAAAGAAUUGGAACAAUGGAAUGAAAUUUUUAGAAAUGAUGCGGUCAAACUAUGCCUGGAGAACAAUUUUAAUACUGGGUUUUUUGAGGGCAGUGAUUAUAACAUUAUUGUCGAUGCUUAUGAGUUCAAGGUUAGACUUGAGCACAUCCUUGAGAGGAUAGCAUUGAUAUCAGAUGCUGCAAAUACUGAAAAGCCAUCAUUAGUUUCAUGUAACCUCUUCAUUGGUGGGGCUCUGGCUGCAAGAUCUGUCUACACACUGCAACAUUUAGGAAUUACACAUAUUUUAUGCUUGUGCUCUAAUGAAACUGGACAGUCAGAUUCUCAGUAUCCCCAGUUGUUUGAGUAUAAAAAUUUUGCUAUAUGUGACAACGAAGAUACAAAUGUGAGCAGUAUCUUUGAAGAAGCUCAUGAUUUCAUUGAUCACGUUGAACAAACAGGCGGGAAGGUUCUGGUGCAUUGUUUUGAAGGGAGAAGUAGAAGUGCAACAGUAGUUCUUGCCUAUUUAAUGCUCAGAAAGAAUUUCACUUUGUUGCAAGCAUGGAAUACCUUGAAAAAGGCGCACCGCCGAGCCCAGCCCAAUGAUGGGUUUGCAAGGAUUCUUUUGGACCUAGAUCGGAAGCUGCAUGGGAAGGUUUCUAUGGAAUGGCAGCAACGAAAACCAGCGAUGAAAGUUUGCCCCAUCUGUGGAAAGAAUGCUGGCUUGAGUAGCAGCUCGCUUAAGCUUCAUUUGCAGAAAGCGCACAAGAAGCUAUCAUCAGGAAGUGUGGACAGCGCCAUGACGAUGGAAAUACAAAAGGCUUUGGCUGCACUCAAGAUAAGUCGAGCCGGAAGUGUUAGUCCUACACAUAGACAAUCUCAGUCGAUGACUGACGAAUAGCAAGUUUUGAAACUCGCAGCCUGUCAUUGACUGUAGCACAUUGGUAUCUUCUCUGUCUACCAAAGUAGGAAAAUGUUGGAUAAAAUGAUCGUUCAUGUAAAUAUAGAUGAAGUUUGUAGAUUGAGGUGAAUGAUAAGUGUGAUUAGAUAUGCAUCUAAAAUUGUACAUAGAGACUGGUCGUCUAUUAGAGAUGGUGUAACUUAAAUAUUUAUAUCACGCCUGUCUUCUUUUUGGUCCA